AUGUACGACCGAGCCCCCCGAGUGUCCAAUUUCAUCACCGACCCGACGGGACCCGCCGUGGGUCCGGCCUCGUACAACGUCGCCCGCCGCAAGGUGGCGGAUGAGACCCAGGAUGGCUACGCACCGUUUUUAUCCAUGACGAGCCGAGAUAACAUCUUCAGGGUGUCGGGCACCUUGUUGAGUUCUCCGGGACCGGCGUAUUACGACGGUUUUCAAAUGCAGAACCGUGUUCCUGGAGGGCAGAGUCUGCAGAACAAGGCCCUUCGCUUCAAAGAAAGCAAAGAAGACAAACCUGGACCUGGGAUCUACAUUCCGAUCUCCGACUUUGACGAAAUUCAGAAAAAGCCGAAAAUGUGCAGAUUGCUUAAGAAACCGAAGAGUAUAGUGAUACCAGAUGCCCAUAUGCCCACUGCCCCAUCGAUCCCUUCAAGCAAUCAGUCCUAUGGCUAUGAAGAAACCAAAGUAGGAAUUCUCUGCAGGAAACCACCCCCUGCCCGAGACCUGACAUUGGGUCCAGCGUUUUAUUAUCCACAGUUUCUUGAGGCGCAGAGCACGAGGAAGUACAAGGGCGUGCAAUUCGGCAAAUCAACAUCGAAACGUGAGGGCUUCAAAAUCAGGCCAGGCCCUGGUCCCGGAGCGUAUGAUAUAGAUGGCGAGAAGCAAUUUCAGUGCGAGAAUCUGAACUUGAAAAACGAGGAGCCCCCGAGAUGCGAGGUUUUUAUUCCGCGAUAUCUUGAGUCGGUGAUGGAGGAGGAAAUAAAGAAGGAUUUUCCAGGACCUGGGAAAUAUGAAAUAAGACGUCAGUUUGAUGAUAGCACAUGCCCGCCCUGUGGAAUUGUUUGUGGUCAACCUCCGUUCCUCUCACAAACCAAGAGAUUUGAAGCUGUAAAAUCGAUUACUCCAGCGCCUGGCGCAUACAAUGAUCCACGCACGGCUCUGCAGAGCUUGAAGAGGCUAUCGGGAAAACAAAACAGUCCGUUCGGCCUGACUGCAGCUCGGUUCGUACCGGACUUCAGGAGCAUGAGUGAACCGGGUCCGGCAUCUUACAACAUCUCCCAUUACAGUCUUGCUCGCAGCGCCCUGAAGAAGGCUUUCGAAUUUAGCUCGAUAAGAGGAGGAUUCGGAUCAUCAGCUCCACGGAUGCAUUCCUUGUUGACCAAGCAGGAUUUGGUGAUACCCGGCCCAGCACAUUACCAGGUUAAGGACAAAAAGGAGGAGGCUUUCAAAUCCCGUCACUCUUCGUCCUUUGCAUCGGUGUCCGAUAGACUGCCUCUUCAUAACAAACAACUCUUGGAUAUUCCUUCACCGGGAGCGUAUGACGUUCACGGUGCCUUUGACAGGAUGCAGGGAAGAGGACCCUGUUUCCUCGAGGAUACAAAGUGUGCGUCGUUUAUGAGUACUGAGCCAAGGGAACUCAAAAUUGGGUUAGGCAGUCAAGGCAUACCCGGACCUAAUGUAUACUAUCCCGAGGUCAAGAUCAAACCCAAGUUGGGGUUAAUAUCAUCCAUACAACCCCGCUUCAAAGACAUUGUUCAGUCCACCCCUGGUCCAGGAGCCUAUAAGCUGAGCUCCUCCGUCAUGGACACGGUUCUGAAGGGGACGUUCAACGCCACGCUCCAAAACCCGCUGCUGAAUCAGCCGGAGUCUCCCCGGCAAACCGAACCCAAAAUGAGCCUGCCCGCUCCGCUUCAGGCCUGAUCCAACCGUUUCCCGGCAACGAAAUGAGUGCAACAACGCAUGAUACCAGUAACUUCCUCGUCAGUC